AUGGAGAUCCCGAAAAGCAUUCUGGACCAAGUCCUAUCCCAAGCCACGGCCAUCUGGGUUCACAUCGUGGCCACUUACUCGCCCCAGAAAAUCGAGUUCGUGGGGACACUUCUUGUCCAACUCCUCACCUUCUGGCUCCCAUCGAUAUGCUAUAUGCUCCUCGACGUGCUAGCGCCCUCUUUCUCCCAGCGCCACAAAAUCCAACCCGCCCCCAAACAGCCAAAUCGUCGCGAGAUCGCACGCUGCUUCCUGGUCGUGCUACAGAACCAAAUCCUAGCAUCUGUCCUUCAUCUGACCUUGCUGUUCGCAGCCAGCCAUGCUGGCACUAAAUCAACCUAUCGCAUCGAGACCUCCCUACCAGCGCCAGUCGAGAUCCUCCGCGACGUCUUCCUCAGCCUGUUGAUGCGCGAAGCUCUAUUCUACUACAGUCACCGAAUCCUGCAUAUCCCCGCCCUAUACAUCCCGAUCCAUAAGAAACAUCACCGAUUCACGGCUCCGAUUGCGUUGGCUGCUCAAUUUGCCCAUCCGAUUGAACACAUCUUCGCUAAUACAUUACCCAUCUCUCUGCCGCCGCAGUUGUUGGGGAGUCACGUUGUGACUUUUUGGUUGUUCUUGGCUUAUGAGCUGGUGAAUACAGCGACGGUUCACAGUGGGUAUGAUUUCUUUUGUCACAAAGCCAAAAUGCAUGAUCUUCAUCAUGAGAAAUUCAAUUUGAAUUAUGGGUCGUUAGGAUUGUUGGAUUGGGUGCAUGGAACGGAUAAAUUGAAGAAGCGCACUGCUUAA